AUGAAUGCCAGUCACUCUUUCCACCCUUUUGUGCCCACUCCCCUGGACCAUUCGAUGCCCCGACUCUAUGUCCCCCAAUUUCUAUGCUUUCAUACAACCACCGCUGAAUCUGCUGUCCAACAUCUCCAUGUCGGAGUCCACCGAUUAUUCAAGAACCUCCCCUUCCUCGCUGGGGAGGUUGUCACCAAUGAAGACACCGGAGGCGUGAGAGUCCAGUCUCCCAGUGUCUCCACCAGGAAUAUCCCCUAUUUGGCCAUCCAAACCCGUCCUGAUGACUAUCUCCCAGCUCGCCAAGAUGCUCAGUCCAACCCACUCGACAGAGACCGGAAGAGGACCAAUCUGGAUGCCUCGUACAGUCCACUUCCAGUGGUCCUUCCCCCCUCCCAGCCCCAACCCAUCAUCCGAUUCCAAGCAAACAUUCUCGCCGACGGGGUUCUCUUCGCCGUCACCUAUCAUCAUGCCAUAAUGGACGGCACCGGAUGCGGAGAGCUUCUGGAAAUGCUGGCUCAGUGUUGUUCUGCUCUGUCGGACGAGGAUGUUUCUCUGCCAACAGACAGUCACACCCAAGAGGUCUUCCGUCAAUACAUCUCCAAUCUAAGCCCUACUACCACCACCACCACAACUACCACAAACAACAAUUACAAAGAGCUCUAUCACCCAGUCAUGAAAUCCACCGACCACAUCCAACAUCCGCCCUUUGCCCUCCGCACUGAACAAUUCACUUUUCCAGCCAAACAAAUCACCACUCUCCGUGAUGCCUGUAACCGUCUCCUCCCAGAACUAACCACCACCACCACCACCACCACCACACCUCUCCCCCAACAAACCCUAUCAUCAAACGACAUCCUCACUGCACUGAUAUCCUUGGCCAUCACACGCACUACCACCCCCAUCAAACCCAACACCCUCACCCUCACCAUGUCCGUCAACCUCCGUUCCCGCAUCCACCCCACAUCCCUAACCCACUACCUCGGAACAGCCAUCACAGCAGUCCGAGUAAACAUCCCCAUUAACCCUACACAACCAACCCUCACUCUCCCCACCACCACCAUCACCACCAUCCCCGACCUAACCUCCCUCACCCAAACCGCCCACCAAAUCCGCACCGCCCUCAACACCCUAACCCGCGAGUCCAUCCCCAAUCUUAUCACACAUAUCCGUGAACGCCGACACGCAGGAGAAGACAUAUGUCUUCAAAUGGGGGAUAUAGUAGUAUCCAGUUGGCGACAUCUCUCGGUGUACGGGAUUGAUUUUGGUCCUGGAUUGGGGAAAAUCACGGGGUUUGAGGUGCAGGAGGGGUUGAUGGAGAGGUUGGUGGUUGUUUUGCCGAGGAAGAGGGAUGGGGAUGGGGAUGGAGAUUGGGAUGUGUGUAUUACGUUGAGUGAACAUGAGAUGGAGGGGUUUAGACGGGAUGGGUUGGUUAGAUGGGUUUUGGGGGAGUAA